AUGGAUUCCUUGGAACCCCCGGCCGGAGGUGAUCAGAACAGAGGCCCCGAGUUGGUUGCCGUUAUUUGGGUCUUCACCGCGCUGGCCUCCUUCGUUGUUAGCCUCAGGCUGUUCACAAGGGUCAAAAUCUUGAAAGAGACUGCUCUUGAUGAUGUAUUUACAAUUCUUUCUCUGGCUUCACCAACUCUGAUACCUGUUUAUUUACGCAGUGUUGAGGCGGAUGUGAUCAUCAUCGCCGCCUGCAUUCCAAGCCUCCGUCCAUUCGCUUUAUCUGUCGGCCAGUCCCUCCGGGAUAGUAAUGGCAAGUCUCGCCCCAAACGAGCUUGGUAUCAACAGCAUAGCAGUGAUGUACCUCUUGCAUUGAAGCCAAUGGUACCGGGUGAGAAUGGCAAUGGAUCCAACAAUAGCACCGAGGGUGGGUUGAGUCGCGCUAGCUCGACUCCACCGAAGGUGGUUCAAGAAAACCAUUGA